AUGCGCGAUGGUCUCCAAGUCGUGCACGACUCGAUCGAGCAGUUUGCCAUCACCUAUCGCACAUGGCUCACCCUCGCCCCGGCUUACAGCUUCGGUCCCGCCCUCACUUUGAGCUCACCGCCAUCUUCAACAUCAUCACAAGCGUCAACGUCAGCAUCAGCAUCGUCUUCGGCACACCAGCUACCCAAUGCAGAAACACUAGCCCGAGCCUAUUGCCCCAUCUCUGGCCCUAGGUGGGAUGAGCACCGCGAACGAAUCAUGGCUUCCACCUCCCUUAAAGGUCUCACCGUCCUCCGCAGUCAGGUCGAAGCCGAGCUAGCCGCCCUCGAACGGCUUGCGAUGGAACGCGGAAGCUGGGACGAGCCGCAUCCUUACUCGAAUGGCACCCAUCACAUCCGUUUCUGGGAGGAAGUGCUCUACGUCGCCUUCACUUACGGUCCCGUGCUGUCGGUGCAGGAUCGCUUUGCAUUCAGCAUGACGGCAGCAUUGCGACGCAAGACCAAGAUGCGCAAGCCACGAGGCGAGAACGUCAACAGCCAGAGCGUCAAGGUCGAUGUCGUCUCUCAAAAUGGCGAUCGUUGGACUCGCCUCUACAUCAUCAAGCCAGAGCGUUUGCGUCAAGAGUUCCGCGAAGCAGAAAGCUAUAUGGUCGACGAGGACGACUCCAGCUCUGCAUCUACCUCGGAAGACGACGACCUCGACUCGUCCAGCCAUACUGAAGCGGCUGCUGAUUCUUUCCACGAGCAUCAACACACCGCCAAAUGCUCGACAAACGCUGCCACGCCUAUUGCAGCCUCGAGAGUGACAGCGCUGCCAGGCAACGCGUCCACAGACUCCCUCGCCUUUGAUGUAGCCGCCAAAAAGUGCUCGCUCACCAAACUCAUCCACGAGCUUCGCGCUGCCGCAGACACAGAGGCGAAAGCGCGCGUCCAACGCUCAGAGGAGCAUGGUCGACAGCUUCCAUACGUUCCGAUCCACGUUGAGAUCGUCGUCACGCGCAUGGAGCUGCAGGCACCCUCGCAGCCGCUUCCGUCGGCGCAUACCAAAGGCAAACAUGCCGCUCUCGCCGAUUUCUAUCAACUGUCCGAGUGGGAUCGUUUCAACCACAGACUCGCCGCCAUCGCUCAAGAGGCUCAGAACUACAAUGUUGAAAUGGUCUUUGGUUACCGACAGCUGCCCUCCGCCAUUCUCGGCGACCAUCAACCUCCCAGCGUCGGCUUGAUCUGCAAUCCAGAUCAAAUAUCAGCCAAACCUGUGGGGCUGCCGAGCAUUCCUGAAGCGCCGGCUCGACCACAGUGGCGAACCACCAAAAGCAUCAAUCUCGACGUCACAGCCAUGAUAGCCCUCGUCAGCGACACCACCCACGGCAUCUUUCACGAGAGCACCGCGCAGGAUCCACUGCUAGAUAGCACCAAACGCCAUCCCAAGCUUGACGAUGGUGAAUAUGGCUCGGGUGCCCUCUACCAGCAUCAUUUCCGCACUUUUUCCAUCCGCAAGGAAGCGCUAGAGGCCAGAGCUGCCGAACUUUCGCUGCAGGACGACCAGCAGGACGAGGUGUCUCGCGCGUUGGACAACGCAGCAGCCAAGGAAGGCAGAGCGCUUGCUAUCCAGCUCGAACGAGAGAUGACCGUCGAGACCUUGUUCGACGCCAUCCUCGGCCCGAUCCGUCGCAGAAGCACGAACCGCGACGAUCCGGGUCAGGCUACUCCGGUCCAAAUCUUCGCCACCGUCGGCGCCUUUGAUCGUCUUCGUCGCGUCAGCUCUACCGUCGGAGGUCCCAACGAGAAGCGCCGAGUCAAAGCCCUGCUCGGCGACCCCGGGGUCGACCCGCAAGACUUUUGGCGCGGGUCCAAGUGGGCCGCACCUGAGCACGACGAGCUGCGCAGAUGUCUCAUUCUUCCCAUCCAGCCAUUGCAGGAUCUCGGUCCUGGAGGCUUCGAGUCUCUCGACCGGCUCAAGCACGUCUACCCGGACCUCCCUCGAGCUCAUUUCACCUCGCACAUGGUCGACACGCUUGAGAGCUGUCUCACCGAGCUCUGGGGUCCGGACUGGCGAGACAUCUCGGAAGAUCUACCGAGAAGCAAGUACAAGAAGCUUCGUCAGAGCAGCAUCCAUCAAGCCGGUGGACAGACCUACACGACACUCCGCUCGAUGCACGCAUGCGCCAGAUACGGCAUGACGACGAUCACGAGCAACAUGGACAGCGUGCAGUGGCUGCUCAAGGAGAUGAGCCGGAGACCGUACUCGGAGCAGACGAGGAGUCUGUUGGAAAGUGCUUCGGACCAAGAGCUCGAAAAGUUGCGCGAGCAACAAGGCGACUUUUUCUCGUGCUUCAUUGUGCUGCAUCCGAGAUCGUUGAGCGAGCAGAUGCGCGUGACGACGACGGCGCCUGCGUGGAGGGAGGUGCUUGAGGGAUAUCCUGGCGGUCUCGGUCCUCCUGUAUCGUCUGCCAAGGAUGGUCUGCAGGCUGAGAGGCACGCCAAUGGGCACCAGCUCGUCAGUCCAAAUCGCUCUACGGAAGAAGUCCACGGCUACACCAUCGACGAUGGUCAAGAAGAGGCUACGCCUAGCCAAGUCGUCGACCGCAUCACCUCGUCCAACGGCAUCAUGUACUCCUUCGAUCCGCUGGCUCGACGAACGGAGAACGAGAUCGAAACGACAGCUGAUACCAGCCUACCUGGCUCGUCGAUCCAGAGCGACAGUCUCAACGGAACGACCGAUCCGGACCCGACAAAAAAGACAAGCAAGAUUCCACUGACCCCGCUCAGCUUGCAGCCCGAGGUAGAGCCCAUCUUCUAUCAGGACACUGCUGCAGAAGCUGCAUCGAAUCAGAGAACGGGACGAGCGCGAUUCCGUCUGGGGAGGACUAGUACCGGACGAUUUCGCAAAUUGAUGUUAGGACCAAAGCCACCGGCGCGCCUCAGCAUCCGACACUACCGCUGGUGGCCGUUGGCACGUAUCGAGCGCGUGUGGUCACGACUGACCGAUCCAGUCGCAUGGAAAGAUCCUCACCAGCGAGGAGGCAUCUACAGCAGCGCAAGCCAUUCUCAGUCGCACCCUUACCCGCACGCGGAUCAACAGCUCGGCGAUGAGCACUACCAAGACGAUGUGCAACCCGGACUCGUGUGGUCUCGAGGCAUUGCGGCCGAUCUCAAGCUCAACAUGGUGCACUGGAUCGUGCUGUGUCUGGUAUACAUCGGCUGGAUCCUGGGAUUCUCGUUCCUGGCAAAAUCGCUGUGGUAUGAGUCGGCGGUGGUCGGAUUCGACGGCGUUUCUCGUUCACCCGCAUUCCUGUCCUGCACUUCCACCUACUGGCUGCGGAACGCAGAGUGUGGGCUGGACGGUCAAGACUGCACGCCGUUCUACACGCCAUCCGGUCAAGUUGGACAGCCUUUCCGUUGUCCUGCAGACUGCAUCGAUGUGACGCUUCUCAAUCCGCGAGCGGUCGGCGAUCAACUGGUCAACUACGAACCGCUUGUGGUGGGAGGUGGUGAUGUCAACCGCACGUACAGGGGAGAUUCGUUCAUUUGCGCUGCUGCGAUCCACGCCGGUAUCAUCGACAACCGUAAAGGCGGCUGUGGAUCGGUACGUUUGGAUGGUUCGUACGCCGGGUUUUCUGCGAGCAAAGCGAACGGGAUCGAUUCGAUCGGUUUUGACUCGGUGUUCCCACUCGCGUAUCGAUUCGAAUCGACGCAGGGCGAUGCGCAGUGUACGGAUCGACGAUGGCAAGGGUACGUGCUCAAUACGAUCAUGACCGCGUUGGUUGGGUUCGUACUUCGACCCAAGAGGAUCGUCUGGUUCUGGACGCUGGCGUGCGUGGGAUUCUGGCACAUCAAUCUGGUUUCUUAUCCUCGAGGGUAUCCUCCACCGAUCGGAGCGGCGGCGGGAGACUUCCUGCCGUAUCUGUUCACGUGUUAUGCGAUCUGGAGGUUGACGGUGAGGUUUGUCUGGUUUGCUUUCGAAGGGUUGGUGGUGGAAGGUACGUUUUGGACGCUGGGGUUCUGGUGGCUGGGUGUGCUGCUGAACGUGGUCUUCGAUAAGGUGCCGAUCCAGAGGCUGGUGGCGAGGGAUAUCAGGCAGCAGCCGGGGAGUCUGAUUGCUGUGAUCGUGAUCGCGGUGGUGGUAUUGGUGAUCGCGGUGAACCAGCUGAGGGUAAUGUGGAAGACGGGAUGGUUGGGAAAGUACCUGUCGCUGUACAUUGUCGGUGGGAUCCUGAUCGGGUUGGCUGCAGCGGUACCGGGCGAGACGCUGCGGUUGCACCACUACAUCAUUGCCCUGGUGUUGCUUCCGGCAUGCGCGUUUCCGACCCGACUCUGUCUGGUCUACGUGGCGUUCCUGUUCGGCAUGUUCACCAACGGCGUCGCUCGCUGGAGCUUCGACGGCCUGCUCCAAGACAACGCGGUCGUCCAAGGCGACGCCACCGGCGGAACGGGCACCCCGACGUUCAACACCACCGCGCUCACCUGGGCUGCUUCCGACGCUCUCGUCCGGUGGAACGACAUCCCGAGCAACCAGACGCACAACUGGGACGGAUACGCUCUGCUGGUAGACGACGUUCUGCGCUACCAAGGUGCGGGCACCAGCUGGAACUUGAGUGGCAUCGUGGAUGUCUUUGCGCAGGAGAGGGAGGAUGAUGGAGAGGGUGUGGGGAAUGACUGUGUGUCCUCAUCGGCCAGCGUUCCUCUCGAUCGUUUCCCCGCAGCGGCAGGACACGGCAGAAUCGUCGACGCGGACAACGACACCGUUACGAUGCUCGCCGCUGCCGUAGCGACGAAGAAUGCGGAAGUGGCGGUUCUGCGCGUUCGAAGUGAUGGGUUGCUGAGUGUUCGCAGUAGUGGUGAUGACCACAUGGUUGUGCGCAGUGUGGCGUGGCCAGAGAGUUGUGUUGUGUGCGCGGUGUAUUAA